CAUGCGUUCGCCUAACCUUCACAUUCACUGAUAGCGCCGGCAUUGAGACGUCUGUCCAUUAAAUCCGAGAUUAUCUCAUCGAUUGUCUGCAAACAUCCGUCUGAAGAUCAGAUCCACUUCAAUACCAUUCAUCGCAAUGUCUCUCAAGAAGUUAAGUAUCGAUAAACUGGACUUAAAUGGCAAACGAGUACUCAUUCGAGUGGACUUCAAUGUGCCGAUGAAGGACUCGAAGAUCACGAAUAACCAGCGAAUUGUGGCCGCUUUGGAUACAGUGAGGUAUGCGUUGGACCAGAAGGCCAAGAGUGUGGUCCUGAUG